AUGUUUAAAUGGAAGAUUCUCGCGCAUUCCGCUUUCGCCUCUGUAUUUCUUUCUUCCGUUUGCACUUUAAUACUGAGCGCAUAUGCGCUUUUAAACGAGGAUACUGUAAGAUCCGGCAUAGUCACCUUGCGAUUUGAUGUCACACAAAUCUUAAAACUCGAUGCGCUGGAACGGCGUUUCCCGCAGCAAGAAGGUCUUUUAGACGGCAUAAGACCCGGAUCUCGUGUUUCCAGCAUCUUGAACAAUCUCCAGAGUGCAGCAGGAGCAGUUGCUACAUCGGUCCCAGAAAUUAUCAAGAAUAUACCCAAAGUCAUCAGCCAAGCGCCCCAGCUUAUUUCGGAACUAGUUCCCAAAAACUGCUCCCUGGGGACCGGAGAGUUCUGUAUUCAAAUCGGUGACAAAAACUCAUGUGACGCCCUGCCUCUUGACCUUUCUACUUUCAUCGAGCCGGAAAUUGUGAAAGUGUUGAAACAGCACUUUCAAGACAUUGAAAAUGUCGACGCUACUCUUACGCAAAUCACAACGCCAUAUUUCCGCCAUACCCUCAUAGCCGGCGUAGUGCUAACUGGUAUCGCUACUCUCCUUGUCGUCAUGUCGGCUUAUGGCCGUUUUACCUGGCUUAAAAAGUCGAAGGAGAUUUUAUUCUCACCGAAGCCCAUUGUCUUUAUAUUGAGGCUGCUCAUUGGACUACUGCUUUGCGUUCCGUACAUAAUCCCCACCUUGUCACUUUCUAUGGUCCGGUCCAAGCUCGAUGAGUUGCCGCCAUGGAUCGAGGUUGAAAAUGGUGACGUGUUCGAGCUUCUGAUAGGAUGCACAUGUUGUGCACUGUUUGGGGCAGUUAUAAGCAGUGCUGUACACGUUUUCGCAGAGGUUUUCUGA